AUGUCGUCAGUGGCUGCAUCAACAGCGCGGUUGGCAUCGCCGACGAUACAGGCUUCACAUUCGGCAUCACCUCUUUCGGGCCAAGAUGCGGUCCCAUCAUCACCGAGAUGUGGCGCUUUGCAACUACAGCCUCUCACACCAUCAGAGAUCGACGCGAUCAAGCUGGUUGGCGCCGAAGACUCGCGGCACUGGUCGCACACCAAAAAAUGGCUCACAACCGUCAUCAUCUCGCUCAUGGGAUUCAUCGCUCCGCUUGGCUCCUCUAUCCUGGUGCCUGGAAAUGGGUUUGUCGAUACAUCGUUUACCCUGCACUCGCGAACGCUGUCGCUGCUACCGGUUUCGCUGUUUGUGAUUGGUCUGGGCAUCGGACCAUUCGUGCUGGCACCAUGCUCGGAAACCGUCGGCCGACAACCGGUCUACGUCAUCACGUCGCUCCUGUUCAUCGUGUUCAAUCUUGCUUCGGCGUUCAGCCCGAACUUUGUGGUGCUCAACGUGUUGAGGACGUUGGCAGGCGCAGCUGGAAGCACAGGACCCAGCUUGGGCGCCGGUAGCAUUGGAGAUAUGUUUGGUCCACGUGAACGCGGUAGGGCACAGUCGCUGUAUGGGUUGGGACCACUGAUGGGGCCUGUAUUGGGCUCCAUUAUCGGCUGCUUCAUUGCGGCAGCAACAAGAGACUGGAGGUGGCUGCUGCACACAUUGACCAUCAUGAGUGCCGUUGUAUUUGUCGUCAUCGUGCUCUUCCUCGACGAGACGUACGCACCGGUCUUGUUGAGCAAGAAACGCGACAGGGCGAUCCGACAACGGCUGCUCGACAUGCAACAGCAAAACGCCGUCACAGCUACCUCGAUCAAGAAUUCAAGCUCGGUGCAAAACCGUCUCAACUCGUUCAGGCGGCUGCUUCCCAGCAAACACAUUCUGCACAAGAUCGGCACUGCACAAAGUCGACCUUUCAGACUGCUGUUCACCAAUCCGAUCUGUGCCAUUUUUUCGUACUACCUAGGAUUUUGUUAUGGCAUCAUCUACCUGUUCCUAACCCAGCACCCGCUGCUGUUUCAGACGAGGAAGGGCGAGCCUGAUGCUCCACCGGAAGCUAUCCUACCGACGUACAACUGGGGACUCGGCGUUUCAGGGUUGAGUUACCUCGGGUUGGGCUUGGGUUUUUUGGUGGCAGCGUUUACCAACGCCGCAUUGCAGGAUGAGGUCUAUGCACGAUUGGUGUUGGCGGAUGGUAAAGUCGGGUGGUGGUUGUUGAAGCAUCGAGAAGAGAUGACGACGAUAUUGAGGGAGCGCGAGUUCGAUGAGCAAGCCAGAGAUGUGGAAAAGCAGGCCGCGAGUGGAUCAGAGCGAUUCGAUAUGACAACUACCACUACCAGCAGUAGGAGGAGUAAAGACGGUGUUGCUGAAGGGACGAAUUCUGCGCUUGGCAAUGUUACGCCAGUCGUGAACGCGGACGAUGCUGUUCACACGACCACCAACCACACUGUCAGCAGCACGGACAAGAAAGGCUGGCUCGGCAUGCCAUCCAGCACGGACACGCCCAAGAAAGGUCGGCCCGAAUACCGCCUUCCACUGUGCUUGGUCGGGAUGCUGAUUCUGCCCGUCGGCCUACUCGUCUUCGGCUGGAGCGCCGCCAACCAGACCCACUUCAUCGUCCCGCUCAUCGGCAGCUUCCUCGUUGGAUGCGCCACGAUUCUGUGCUUCCAGACCAUCCUCGUCUACCUAGUCGACGCUUUCGUACCUUACUCAGCUUCCGCCACCGCGUGCGCGGUGCUUAUCAGAUCGCUCCUCGCAGCAGCUUUCCCGCUGUGUGCCGAAUACAUGUUCGAAGACCUCGGCUACGGAUGGAGCUGCACUCUACUCGCAGCCAUAGCCAUGCUAGGUUUGCCCGUCCCUCUGAUCCUGUACAAGUACGGAGAGCGCUUGAGAACGAGGUACAAGUUCAACGGGUAA